AUGUUAUUCACUAGAGGUGUUUGUCGGAUUUCUUCAAAGUUUCUGAGAAACCGCAGCUUCUCUCAAACUCUUCUCGCAUCUCAUCGCCUCUCAAUCAUCAUCCCCGAACAUGGUCACUCUUCUCCCGAUACACACAAGGGUUAUGUUUGCAGAGGUACUACUUAUUCAUUCAGUUCUCCCGUUUUUGGUGGUUUUAGACAUCAUCAUCUCUAUCACCAGAGCAGCUCAGUUGUUGAGGAGGAGCUUGACCCGUUUUCGCUUGUGGCCGAUGAGCUCUCACUUCUUAGUAAUAAGUUGAGAGCCAUGGUAGUUGCCGAGGUUCCGAAGCUUGCUUCUGCGGCUGAAUACUUCUUCAAAAGGGGUGUAGAAGGAAAACAGUUUCGUCCAACUAUUUUGCUGUUGAUGGCGACUGCUUUGAAUGUCCGCGUACCAGAAGCAUUGGCUGCUGAAUCAGCAGAUAUAAUCUCAUCAGAGUUACGCGUAAGGCAAAGGGGUAUUGCUGAGAUCACCGAAAUGAUACAUGUUGCAAGCCUCCUGCACGAUGAUGUCUUGGAUGAUGCUGAUACAAGGCGUGGUGUUGGUUCCCUAAACUUUGUUAUGGGUAACAAGAUAUCGGUAUUAGCAGGAGACUUUUUGCUCUCUCGGGCUUGUGUGGCUCUUGCUGCUUUAAAAAAUACAGAAGUUGUAUCGUUGCUUGCAACUGUUGUAGAACAUCUUGUUACCGGUGAAACCAUGCAAAUGACCAGCACAACCGAUCAGCGUCAUAGUAUGGACUACUACAUGCAGAAGACAUAUUAUAAGACGGCAUCGCUAAUCUCAAACAGCUGUAAAGCAGUAGCAUUACUCGCUGGACAAUCAGCAGAAGUUGCCAUGUUAGCUUUUGAAUACGGGAAGAAUCUGGGCUUGGCAUUCCAAUUGAUAGACGACGUUCUUGACUUCACCGGCACAUCUGCGUCUCUAGGAAAGGGAUCAUUAUCAGAUAUCCGACAUGGGAUCAUAACAGCUCCAAUCCUAUUUGCCAUGGAGGAGUUUCCUCAACUACGCAACGUUGUGAGACAGCUUGAAAAAGAUCCAACGAAUGUUGAUAUUGCUUUAGAGUAUCUUGGGAAGAGCAAUGGGAUACAAAGAACAAGAGAGUUAGCUAUGGAACAUGCCAAUCUCGCAGCAGCAGCGAUUGGGUCUCUACCUGAAACAGACGAUGAAGAUGUCAAAAGAUCUAGGAGGGCACUUAUUGACUUGACACAUAGAGUCAUCACCAGAAACAAGUGA